AUGUCCGCCAACUUCACCAAGCUUGAGUCCCACCUCGCGACCCGCUCUUACAUCGAGGGGUACACCCCCUCCCAGGCGGACGUCGUUGUCUUCAAGGCGAUCACCUCUGCGCCCACCACCCCCAACGCCGCGCGCUGGUACACGCACAUCAAGUCGUACGAGGCCGAGUUCGACUCCCUCGCCGGCUCCAGCGCCGCGGGCGAGGCUCUCCUCGCCGGCGAUGAUAAGCCCGCCGGUGCCAAGCCUGCGGUUGUGGAAGAGGACGACGACGAGGUCGACCUCUUCGGCUCCGAUGAUGAGGAGGACGCCGAGGCGGAGCGCAUCAAGGCUGAGCGCGUCGCUGCGUACAAUGAGAAGAAGGCUGGCAAGGCCAAGCCCGCUGCCAAGUCCGUUGUCACCUUUGAGGUCAAGCCUUGGGACGACGAGACCGACAUGGCCAAGCUCGAGGAGUCUGUGCGCUCUAUCGAGAUGGACGGUCUUGUCUGGGGUGCCAGCAAGCUCGUGCCGGUCGGUUAUGGUGUCAGGAAGCUCCAGAUCACCCUUGUCGUCGAGGACGAGAAGGUCUCCUUGGAUGAGCUCCAGGAAAAGGUCGCUGAGUUCGAGGACUUCGUCCAAAGCUCGGACAUCGCCGCCAUGCAGAGUCCCCCAGAGCUCUAA